AUGGAGCAAGGCGGCCGCCGCCGAGCCUUCGGCAGCAUAUGCCCCAACAGGAUCCAGUGCCCGCCCGCCCGCCUCUCCAAGAAGCCGGCCCGUCCCGGCAGGGGACGGCGUGGACCCCCGGCUGCCCCGAGUCCCCGAGCGCCCCCGCCCCGUCAGCGCCGCAGCGUUGCCCCGUCGGUCCCCGCCGCACCCGCCCUCGUGCUCAGCACCAUCGACUGGCAGGAUUUGGCAGCCUGUACCCCCCUCCUUCCCACCACCCCAGCUGGCCCAGUGACCCUGCAGCAGCUGUUCCCUCCAGAUGCAUCCACUUUAAUGCCACCACCACUAGACUGCACUGAUUUUGAUUUCUCACUUGGUGAGGAGGUGGCCUUUGGACCCUCCACCCAGCAUCUGGAGAGUAGCGUGCUGUCGCAGGUGCCUCCACAGUGCCUGCCUUCCCCUGAACUGAGCUGGAGGGACCAGGCAGAGCAGCACCAGAAAGCACUGGGAGAUGCCAUGAAGGCAAACAGCCAGGUAGGGACACCCAAGCCCUCCAUGGCUUGCACUGCUUUUCUCUCCAUUGCAUUCCUGCUGAGGCGGCUGCAUGGCCCUGGUGUGCAGCAACCCCUGGCCCCUGGGCAGUGGAGCUGUCCAAACCACCCAGUCCACAUUUAUCCUUCACAGCUGCAGGAGACCCUCACACAGAGGCAGGAGGAGCUGGCAACACUGCGGGAGAGCAACGUGCAGCUGAAGGAGCUGGCGAGUCAGGCCAGACAGCUGGCCUCUGUCCUUGACACGCUGAUGUUCCCGCAAAGUGCCGACGGGGCUGCCCUUCCUCCCUCUCCUCUUCAUCCUCCACCUCCUCCAGCCGUCGCUGUCCCGACCGGCACCCAGCGGGCGGAUGCGGAGGGCGUGGACGCGAUGCUGAGGGCGGUGUCGGAGAAGUGCCGCCAGGCCCUGCGGAGCCUGGGGGGCAGUCCGGGGCACAGCUCGGGGGGCAGCCCCGGGGACAGCCCCACGGCCAAGCGCCCGCGCCCGGCUCCGCGUCUGCACGGCGCGUUCCGCGGGCUGCGCACCGGCCGCGCCGCCCUGCGCCCGGGCGGCGGGGACAUGGAGGAGGGCGGCAGCCUGCGAGCACAGCUGGGAGAGGCUGGAGCCAUUCGCACCCUGGCCUUCCCGCAGGGAAACGCCUUCACUCUCCGCACCGCCACUGGCGGGCACCAGUUCCGAUGGGUGCCGCGCUGA